UCUCUGUUUUGAACAUCACCUCCAACAUAAAUAUUAUAAAUCUUCCAUUUGUUAGCCGGAAAAUCAUAUACAUGGCCGGAAUAGUUGUGAUUUUCGACUUCGAUAAGACCAUUAUCGACAUCGAUAGCGAUAAUUGGGUCAUCGAUGGAUUGGGUGGGACCGCUUUGUUCGAACGCCUUCUGACCACCAUGCCUUGGAACUCUGCUAUGGACGCUGUAAUGAAGGAGUUUCAUUCACAAGGAAAGACGAUUGAGGACAUUGUGGCAAUACUUAAACAGGUUCCGAUUCAUCCGCGGGUUGUCCCAGCCAUCAAAGCAGCUCAUUCCUUAGGGUGUGAGUUGAGGAUCGUAAGCGAUGCGAAUCUGUUCUAUAUAGAGACAAUUCUGAAUCAUCUCGGAAUUAGCCAAUAUUUCUCAGAAAUCAAUACAAAUCCGGGUUUUGUUGAUGAGGAAGGGAAGUUGAGGAUCCUGCCUUAUGUCGAUUUUCUUAAGGCACCGCAUGGCUGCAGUAAUGUCUGUCCUCCCAAUAUGUGCAAGGGUAUGAUAAUCGAAAGAAUCCAAUCUUCUCUGGAGAAGAAUGAAAAGAUCAUCUAUCUCGGAGACGGUGCAGGCGAUUACUGUCCCAUGUUAAAGCUAGGCCCAGAAAAUUUUGUGAUGCCAAGGAAGAAUUUCCCAGUCUGGAGUCUAAUAUCAGAAAAUCGCGAUCUUGUCAAGGCAAAAAUCCACGAAUGGACGGAUGGACAAGAACUGGAGCAAAUUUUGUUGGGACUAAUUGCCAGUAUUUCAGAAGAGGAGAAGAGAAGCAUCAGUUCAGCUCAGUUGUUUUCAUCGGAUUGCGGGUUUCAGACAAUUGCAGCAAUGCAUGGUCAUGAAGCACUGCCGCGAGCUCUGCCUGUCCGUCAUUAGGAAGUCCUGUAAUUGUGUUGUUUACUUCCCCUGCAUUGUGGUUGUGCACUAAUUUUGUAGUACUUGCUUUGCAACUCAUCAACUUAAAGAAAUCAACCAGAUAUUGACAA